AUGACGGACUGGAACAAGUUGAAAGUUGUAGACCUCAAGGAGGAGUGUAAGAGCCGCGGCAUCCCUCUUACUGGUCUCAAACUCAAACAGCAUUAUGUCGACAAACUUGAAGAAUAUGAAGCAGGACAUGACAUUCCAAAAGAGGAGGUAGAGCCUGGUGGCGAAGAAGAACCUGUCGAGGCAGCCCCCGAGGGAGACAGUCAUGAACCUUCAAAUAUCGCCAACACCGACGAGCAAGUCAAGGAUGAUGCAACUACGACCAGAACCCCUCCCCAGCCUCACGGCGACAAAGAUGCGGUGGGAAUUCCCGAUGCCAAUGGCGAUACAGACGCGUCGCAUGGAAAACCGGGGACGGAGGGUAUAGAGGACGCUUCGCCCGAAACUGCCAAAACUGAGACACGAGAACAAGAGAACGAGACUCCUGUAGAAGGUCAAAUCGAGGAUAGCGAACCGGCUGAGCCACAGAAAGAGGAUGGCGGGGGUGAAAAUGAAGAGGAAAUGGCUAACGCUCCAGCAACCUCACAAUCGGAAACUGUCAAGGACGAAUUGUCCACCCUAGAGCCUCAACAACCCCAAGGGGAGGUGGAAGCUACGGAGCAAGAAAGACCCAGCGCUGCCGCUGAGAAGGUGGCUAUAGCCGAAGACUCCUCGAACCGACUACCAUUGGUUCAGUCGCAUUCGGACAGAAGCACUCCCCUACCACCUGGCGACUUUGUUGAAGACCAGACGCGCAGAAGGAAGCGAAGCGCUACACCUGUUCCAACAGCCCAAGAGCUGGCACGGAAAAAGGCCAGGCUUAGCUCUGAAGGAGAAGAUGAGAAGGCCGGGGAGGUCGCUGCGCUACAGGAGAUGAAAGCAGCAACUGAAGCAGCCAAAGACAUCCGAAACGAGAGCGCUGACGCCAUCACUAAAACCAUCAAUCACCAAGCUGCUUCAGCUGCAGAAAGAAUGCCUUCGCAAAGUCCCUCCGAAGAACACGAAGUCCCUCCCGCCAUCCAUCCAGCAACCUCGUCAAUAUACAUCCGCAACCUCAAACGACCGCUUCACAUCCCCUCACUUCGCAACCACAUCCUCACCCUUGCCAAAUCGCGCGAUCCGUCAGACGACAUUGAUCCUAUCAAAGUAUUCUACCUGGACAGCAUCCGUACUCACGCAUUCGUCUCGUUCUCUUCCGUGUCCUCAGCGUCACGCGUCCGCACAGCUAUGCACGGCACACGCUUCCCAGACGAGAACAUGCGCGAACCGCUUUUCGUGGACUAUAUACCGGACGACAAAGUUCAGGACUGGAUCGAACGGGAGACAGGGGGCGGUUUCGGCGGAGGUCGGGCAGGUGGACGACGCUACGAAGUCGUCUACGAAGAGGGUCAGAACGGCGUUGAGGCGAUUUUCCAAGAAGUCGAUACGACAAAGCCUCAGCAGCAACGACCGCCAUUAGAGCCACGAUUGAGCUCGAGAAUGUCCAUCGACAGACCAGCCGGAGGUGAGGUUCACCCUGACCGAGCCGGGCUGGUUCCGAGAAGCGGUCCGCGAGACGAUUACCGCGACCGUGACCGCCCGAGGGGACCGCAGCAGCCACCGACGGGACCGAAGAGACAGGACACAAGUGGCCGCGGGUUCAAAGCCCUAGACGAGCUGUUCGACUCUACGACGGCAAAGCCGAAGCUGUACUUCAAGCCUGUCCCCGAGGCCGUGGCGCGCGAGAGACAGGACAUGUUCCGAGACCUGCGCCUCAGCCACGGCGAGAUGGGCCGGAGUGGCGACGAGGGCAUGAAGCGGUACUCGUUCGAGCGGUUCAAGGAUCGCGAGGAGUGGGCGGACAAAGGGCCCGAGUUCGGCUUCGGCAAGCGCGGACAAGACAGGCUUACGGGCACGCGUGGAAGGGGAGGGUAUCGUGGACGAGGAGGUGAUUCGUGGCGUGGCGGCAGCGGGAGGUAA